AGCCUGUUAUUGAUUGAAAAACAGAAGUUCUGGAUUAAGAAGCAGAAGGACAGCCAAUAUAAUUGCUUCAUGGUGUAUGUGGCAGGGCUCUCCCUAACAACAAAAGUAGAUUAUGAUGGUUUGCCAGAUUGGGAUUCGGAUACUUGCACGGAUAACUGCGAAUGGACUGAAACUGAAGACAGAGAUGCAUUAAUUAAAGUGGUGAAACCAACAUCUUCAGCAUCCUGGCUUCAUGUGACUGGAAAUUUCAGGUUGAAGACCUCUCUCCAAAUGUAACGUACACAUUCACUUAUGUGGCCAUGUUAGACAACGACUCGGGAUCAGUAGACGUCCGUUCUUUACUUCUCCUUCCUAAUGUCAAAUUUCAAGAGUUCAAGCAAAAUUUGAAUGACAAACCAAGAAAUGAAUGGUUUAAAGUCCCUAGGUGAGUUCAAGACACAGCCAAAAGGCUCUAUUGGUGUGGCAGAAUGUUCUUUGCACUGUCAAUGGGACACAAUCAACCUUGAAUUCGCGAUCAAAGGUUUCAUGAUUGAGCCUAAUCUUCAAUCCUUGCAGUCACUGUACUUAACAGUGAUGUGAUGAUAGUGGAUCGCGCAUUUUGGGGGAGCUUAAAGGAUGGCGCUGCAACAAUGUGCAACAAUGUGCUCACAUCCUGUUUUAAUACGAAAUACGUGCACUAAAUGUGGCGAAGAAAUCAACGGUACAAUUUCUACCAUACCCUUGUGGUAUAUUUACCCUGAUUUAAAUCUAAGUUUUAAAGAGAUUAAUUGUAUUCGUGAUACCAAUUUGCAAAGAUUAUUAUCCCGAAGAAAGCUUCAUUUAGUUCUUGAUUUGGAUCAUACACUUGUUCAUACACGAAAGACGUACAAAUUAAGUCCCGAAGAUAGGAAUUUCGUUCGAACAAGAAGAUACGGAAUUGAUUAUAAUUUGCCAGGGAAAUUAGGUACAUUGUUUCAAGCUGGUGGUGGGUGGACAAAAUUACGGCCGUAUGUACGUGAUUUUCUUAGAGAGGCGAGCACGAUGUUUGACAUGACGAUACAUACUCUAGGGUGUAAGUUUUAUGCUUGGAGUAUGGCGAAAUUGCUCGAUCCCAAUGGGAGGUAUUUUGAAAAUUGGAGGGUAAUUUCGAGGGAUGAUUGUGUGGCGUUAGAUAAGCACAAGAAGUUUUUGGAUGUUGUCUUGGAACAUGAACGAGUUGUAGUGGUAAUGGAUGAUAAUGAAGACGUGUGGGAGGAUCAUAAGACGAAUUUGUUGAAAAUAACUCCGUAUAAUUACUUUUCUUACUUUAGUCCUGAGGAUAAAGUUCAUGAUGCUUCCCCUCCGCGGCUGUCUUGGUCUCAGUUGAAUGGGGAUGAAAGCGAGGAAAAUGGGGUGCUAGCUAGAGCAUUGGAUAAGUUAAGGCUUGUUCAUGCCGCUUUCUUUGAUGAUUCAGCCGCGAGGAUUAUGGAAACCGGGAUGUGAGACAAGUUCUUCAAAGGGUACUGAUGAAGCAAAAAUCAUUGACUAAGAAGCAAAAGAAGCAGAAAGCUAAGAAGAUUAGCGGUUUGUCACGAGCUUUACAAGCUUCCCAUCUAUGAAGAGGUGCUAGCUUAGAGUUCAUAGUACUAACUAUGCUACUCGGUCUCAAGUACUAGUGUUACAUUUGGCCUUUUAUAUGAAAUCAUUUUCGUGUUUUUACUGCUCGUUGAAGUGUUCAGUGUACAUACUCAUGUAGAAGUGUCAAGGUUUUGACAUGGGUUUUUAAAAAUGCAAUAAACUGUAUGUCCAAGUAACAUUGAUUGUCAAUUUUUUUUGUAUCUGUUAUGUGCCUUUUGCUUUAGUUAAUGAAGCAAUGGUGUGACUUAUUACAGUUUGUCAUAUGCAAGUAGACUUUAUCCAAAUUUGU